AUGGAGCUACAAGUGUUUUUAAGUGUCACAAGUUUAAUACUGACAUCAGUAGCAGUUUUGUUUGGAGGUGACACGACGAGUGAAAUAAUUAGUACAAUUAUUAGCAAGAAAACUCUACCCUCUGCUAGCUCAUCAGAGAAACAGAUAAAGUUAUCAACUGAUCUUACAUCUGCACCAUCACGGAGUCAUCACGUGGUUCGGACUAGACCAGCAACAGCUAAAACAGAGACAGUGACCAACAGGAAACUCACGACAUCAGUAGUCAACACCACAAACUCUCAACAACGAUGGGUUGACGUAGAGAACACAGUUAAAGAUGCGAUUAAUACCAUCAUGAAACACUUGUUACCGAGCAUGUUACGGAUUACGUCUAAAGUCCAUAUUUCAAGUCCAUGUCUUUCACGUUUGUUGAAAAUGGUGAUCAGCGUUCGACAACUCAAAUCUUGGGCAAUAAGAAUGCUUGACGCCUCGGGGAAACCCUUUUCUGGCUUACUAGACGGAACGCUCACAGACUUUGGGUCUUACGAAGAAUGUCUGAAUAUCAUCGUAAAGGUAGAAAAACGUAAGAGAGAACUUUUUCGAGGCAAGUAUUGUCUUCUGGAGAUAAUACCAAAUCUACCACUGGAGACGGAACAGUUAGAGCACGGACUGCACGAGACUCUGCUUCAGGAUUUGGCAGGAAUGAGUGGAUAUUUAUCCUUUCUACACCACACCGUUGGUGUAUGCAUCCCAUCAACGUGUACGGCAGAAGACUUGGCAAACGUUGCACGAGCAGUAGCAGACCUGAAAUUCCAAGUGUCAGUACCUCACUGUGAGCAGAAAGAAGAUUUAAAGUUGACUUCAGAACAGAUUGCAGUUCUGUGUUUAUUGGGAACACUCCUAGUGCUAGUAAUUCUCGGAACAACAAUAGAACUAUGGAGAAAGUAUCGUAACCCAGAAACCACGCCACCACCAAACAGGAAGGAAAAAACUCUUUGUGUGAUACUGAUAGCCUUUUCAAGUUACACCAAUGGAAAAGACCUGCUGAACACAAAGACUGGACCAGAAAAUAUUGGAGUUCUCCACGGGUUACGUUUUUUUACAAUGGCCUGGGUUAUUCUUGCCCACACGUAUCUCAUGUCAGAUUUCAACAUUUACAAACGUCUCAUUGACUUCCGAGAUGCACAGAAGGACGUCACUGUUCUAGCCCAUUUGGAACUCUUUGUUGCAAGUGGACACAUUCUUCUUUGUCAGGUAACAACCACCCUUUCUUUCAAAGACAAUCCUAGACUGAUUAAAUCCACCAAUAACAACCACUCUUUCUUUCAAAGACAAUCCUAG